GAUUUGGCCCACAUUGACGGCUCUACUCAUAUUUAAAUAGCAAUGGGCCAAACGAGCCCAGUACUAAAUCUGGCCCAAUAGCCCACAACUCUUACAACAAAACCCUAGUCUCUCCAUAUAUAUAAUAAAAACCCUAGUCUUUCAGUAUUAUUAUUCACAGUGAGAAGAACUACGUCGUCCAACAAUGUCGAAGCGAGGACGUGGAGGUUCCGCCGGGAACAAGUUCAGGAUGUCGUUGGGUCUGCCGGUGGCAGCAACUGUUAACUGUGCGGACAACACUGGUGCGAAGAACCUGUACAUCAUUUCAGUGAAGGGUAUUGGGGCAAGGCUUAACAGGUUGCCUUCAGCUUGUGUGGGUGAUAUGGUCAUGGCUACUGUCAAGAAGGGUAAGCCUGAUCUCAGGAAGAAGGUUAUGCCUGCUGUCAUUGUUCGUCAGCGCAAGCCGUGGCGGCGAAAGGAUGGUGUUUUCAUGUACUUUGAAGAUAAUGCUGGUGUAAUUGUGAACCCCAAGGGUGAAAUGAAGGGUUCUGCCAUUACUGGUCCUAUUGGAAAAGAGUGUGCUGAUCUAUGGCCCAGGAUUGCAAGUGCUGCCAACGCCAUCGUCUAAGUUUUUAAAUUUGUGUUUUGCUGAUAGUUUUCGUUUUGAAUUUUUUGGAUCUCUGAGUUACCUUUGUCUUGGUAGGAACUAUUACUGCAUCUGGCUAUGAGAAUUGUGCUGUACUGCAAAGUUUUUCAUCUAUGUAGAAGUGCAUUACUAUUUCAGUUUC